CUGUCCCGUCCUCGGGAAGUGAAAGCCACGCUCUGAGAGGCCGAGGGCGCGCGGGCAGACUGACCAGAGGUCGAACGGCCGAGCGGGCAAACUGCCGGGCGGUCAAACGGCCAAGCGGACUGCCGGGUAGUGCGAUCGGCUGGCUCUAGCCCGCGCGUCGGGCAUGCUCAGUAGCGCGGCCCGGCUCCGCACCGGAGUCGGAAGCUCUGCUUUCCGUGCCCGGGCGACUGACAGCGGCCACUGGGCGGAAUCACAUGUGCUGAGGCCCUCUUAAAGCCACAGGCGCCCACUUGGCCCCCGCUGCGCCUGCCAUCCUCCUAGAAUAGCGGCGGAGGCUCAGCUCCACUAGUCGGGGGUCGGGGGGGAAGCCCCCAGGGGCUAGCUUCUCCCGUCAGCGGACCGGGUGGGGUCAGUAGACUAGCUCUGCUCGCGGCGGGGCGGGGUGCAGGUGACGGGGGUCCCGGAAAGAUGGAGCAGCCCGGGACAGCGGCGGGCCCCGGAGGCGAUGAGCCUGGCGGGGGCCGGAGCAGCAAGCGAAGCGCUGGGGGCCGAGCCGCUGGCGACGAGGAGACCAAAAACAAGCCCAAGCUGAACAUUCAAAUAAAAACUUUGGCUGAUGAUGUGCGAGACCGAAUUACAAGUUUUAGAAAAUCUGCUGUCAAGAAAGAGAAACCUCUUAUUCAACACCCUAUUGACUCUCAAGUUGCCAUGACCGAGUUUCCAGCUGCACAACCAUUAUAUGAGGAGCGAUCCCUGAAUUUGACUGAAAAGGAAGUGCUGGAUCUUUUUGAGAAAAUGAUGGAAGACAUGAAUCUAAAUGAAGAACGAAAAGCUCCCUUGCGAGAUAAAGAUUUUGGCACAAAACAUGAAAUGGUUGUCCAGUACAUUUCUGCCACUGCCAAAUCGAUAGUUGGAAGUAAAGUUAUGGGAGGACUGAAAAAUAGCAAGCAUGAAUGUACCUUAUCUUCCCAAGAAUAUGUGCAUGAAUUACGGUCUGGCAUCUCAGAAGAGAAACUUCUUAACUGCCUAGAGUCUCUGAGGGUGUCCUUAACCAGCAAUCCUGUCAGUUGGGUUAACAACUUUGGUCAUGAAGGUCUUGGUCUCUUGUUGGAUCUAUUAGAGAAGCUUCUGGAUAAGAAACAACAAGAAAUUAUUGAUAAGAAGAAUCAGCAUAAACUUAUUCAAUGCCUGAGAGCUUUUAUGAAUAACAAGUUUGGGUUACAAAGAAUUUUAGGUGAUGAAAGAAGCCUGUUACUGCUAGCAAGAGCAAUUGACCCCAAACAGCCCAGUAUGAUGACUGAAAUAGUAAAAAUACUUUCUGCUAUUUGCAUUGUUGGAGAAGAUAAUAUUCUAGACAAACUUUUAGGAGCUAUCACUACAGCUGCGGAAAGAAACAGUAAGGAACGAUUUUCACCAAUUGUAGAAGGACUGGAAAACCAUGAAGCCUUGCAGUUGCAGGUUGCCUGCAUGCAAUUUAUAAAUGCCCUUGUUACCUCUCCUUAUGAACUUGAUUUUCGGAUACAUUUAAGAAAUGAGUUUCUCCGUUCUGGACUUAAGAAAAUGUUGCCGGGUCUGAAAGAAAAAGACAAUGAUGAACUUGAUAUCCAGUUGAGAGUAUUUGAUGAGAACAAAGACGAAGACUUAAAUGAAUUAUCACAUCGUCUCAAUGACAUUCGAGCAGAAAUGGAUGAUAUGAAUGAAGUCUAUCAUCUUCUUUAUAACAUGCUGAAGGAUACUUCUUCUGAAAAUUACUUGCUAUCCAUUCUACAACAUUUCUUGCUCAUCAGGAAUGAUUAUUAUGUCAGGCCACAAUAUUAUAAAAUCAUUGAAGAAUGUGUUUCACAGAUAGUGCUCCAUGGUAGCGGCAUGGACCCAGACUUCAAAUAUCGACAGAGAUUAGAUGUUGACUUUACUCACCUAAUAGAUGCAUGUGUAGACAAAGCUAAAGUAGAAGAAAGUGAACAAAAGGCAGCGGAAUUUUCCAAAAAGUUUGAUGAGGAGUUCACGGCACGACAGGAGGCCCAGGCUGAACUUCAGCGCCGAGAGGAAAAAAUACAGGAACUCGAAACUGAACUCCAGCAGCUCCGAACUCAGGGACAUGGACUUUCUGAGACACCAGGAGUUCUAUCACCACCUCCACCACCACCACCUCCUCCACCACCUCUAGUUCCAGGUGGUGCUGUUCCUCCACCUCCUCCUCCACCUCCACCACCACCACCGCUUCCUGGUGGAAUUCCUCCUCCUCCUCCCCCUCCUUUACCUGGAGGAGCUGUACCACCACCACCUCCUUUAUUUGGGGGACCUCCACCUCCACCACCUCUAGGUGGUAUUCCUCCUCCUCCUGGAGUAGCUGUUUCCCUACCUUUUGGAAUGAAGCAAAAAAAACUAUACAAGCCAGAAGUGUCCAUGAAAAGAAUCAAUUGGUCUAAGAUUGAACCACAAGAAAUAUCUGAGAACUGCUUCUGGCUAAAAGUGAAGGAAGAUAAGUUUGAAAAUCCAGAUCUCUUUGCAAAAUUGGCACUCACUUUUGCUACACAAAUGAAAGUUAAAAAGAAUAUUGAUGUCUCAGAGGAAAAGAAAGUUGCUCCCAAGAAGAAAGUUAAAGAAUUGAGAAUUUUGGAUGGAAAAACUGCUCAAAAUCUGUCUAUCUUCCUGGGAUCUUAUCGUAUGUCUUAUGAAGAUAUAAAAAACAUCAUUCUGGAGGUAAAUGAAGACAUGUUGAGUGAAUCCUUAAUUCACAACCUGGUAAAGAAUCUUCCUGAGCAAAAGGAACUUAGUACCUUAGCCCAACUGAAGAAUGAAUAUGAUGACCUCUGUGAACCUGAACAAUUUGGAGUUGUGAUGAGCUCAGUGAAAAUGUUAAGACCUCGUCUCCAUAGCAUCCUUUUCAAGCUCACGUUUGAAGAACAUGUAAACAACAUCAAACCUGGCAUCAUGGCAGUAACUCUAGCCUGUGAAGAAACGAAAAAAAGUGAAAGCUUUAAUCGACUUUUAGAGCUGGUACUCCUGGUUGGCAACUACAUGAACUCAGGCUCUCGAAAUGCCCAGUCACUGGGUUUCAACAUCAACUUUCUCUGCAAGAUCAGAGAUACUAAGUCAUCAGAUCAAAAAACCACUCUUUUGCAUUUUCUUGCUGAAAUUUGUGAAGAAAAAUACCGGGACAUCCUUAAAUUCCCAGAUGAAUUGGCGCAUGUUGAAAGUGCAAGCAAGGUUUCAGCUCAGACUCUUAAGAGCAACCUUGAUGCAAUGGAACAACAGAUUGCUCGCCUGGAAAGUGACAUCACAAAAUUCCCUAAGACAGAAGAUGAACAUGACAAGUUUGUGGAAAAGAUGACCAGCUUUGCAAAGAGUGCCAGAGACCAGUAUGAAAAGCUGCUCACCAUGCACAACAACAUGACAAAACUCUAUGACAAUCUUGGCGAGUAUUUCAUUUUUGACACCAAAAUUGUGGCAAUCGACGAGUUUUUUGGUGAUCUCAGCAGCUUCCGCACCUUGUUCCUGGAAGCAGUGAAGGAAAACAACAAGAGAAGAGAAAUGGAGGAGAAAAGCAAGCGAGCUAAGCUUGCCAAAGAGAAAGCUGAGCUAGAAAAGCUUGAACGACAGAAGAAGAAGAAGCAGCUGAUGGAGAUGAACAAAGAGGGUGAGACAGGUGUGAUGGAUAAUCUGCUGGAGGCCCUCCAGUCAGGUGCAGCCUUCCGAGAUCGACGAAAGCGGAUACCGAGAAAUCCAGAUAACAGACGAGCACCUUUAGAAAGGUCACGUUCCCGCCAUAACGGAGCCAUCCCAUCAGCAUGAACCUGGAGGCCAAAGACCUCAGAGAAUGGCGUUGGAAGCCAAGACGCAUUUUGAGCAGAGAGCAGCAUGGACUCAAGUGACAAAGAAGAAAGUAAAUCAAAUCCAAGUUCUGUGUCUCUGUAAAUCUACUGCUAAACCCCAAAGCCCCAUGAUUGUACUAAUAGGAACACAAUUACCAGAGUCAGCAGCGGGGAUAUUGAGUGUAAGGGCUUGCAUUGAUUGUGUAUUCUCCGGUGGUCUGCUGAGGAGGGACAGGUGAGGAAAUGAAGAACCCUGUAGGCAAUGGAUAGAGAAGAGGAAAAUGGAAAGUGAUUCCAAAGUGCAGGGAUGAAGUAGAUGAGGUCCCAGUGAAGAAGCAGUCCAUGUCUGUUCAGAGAGGAACAAAAAUGUGCCUAUUAAUGAGACUAAGAAGCCCUUGCACAACCCAAGUUCCUUAGCUUCUGGUCCCCAGGGAAAUUGAAUGGCUUCGUGUGCACCAACCUAAAGAAAUGGUGCCCAACUGUGAUGGAAUCAGCUGUCCCAGGGUGUUUUAAACUUUAUUUAAAGGGGUAUUUUCUAAUUGUGCACAUAUAUAUGUAUACUUUAUACAGAUACUUUAUACAGAUAUUUUUGAGACAAAAAGCACUUCACAUUUUACUGUUUAUGCUAAGGAUGAUUCCACAAGUUUUAUUCUCCUGAUUUAGAGACAAAAAUGAUUCUCCCUGGACCAGCAAAGUCUAAGGCAGUGGAAAAUCCUUUCCCUCUGCUGCUCCCUAGCCUCCUAGGGCACCAUUCAUUUGCAUACAGGGAGAAGUGCCAAUAGCUACUCAUUGCCUCACCUAGUCUAUGGCAAAUCUGUAAAAACCUGCACACGUGGAGCCUCUUUCCAGAAUCCUGAGUGCCUGGAAGGAAUCAUUGAACUUAAUCCCAAAGUCAAAAAUCAGGGGUUUCACAAUCUCAGCCUUUUAGAGCCUGGUCACUAAAGGAGGACGGCUUUGUUGUUAUUCUGGCCACAAAGGCCCAGAGAAAUUAUUGCCUUUUGGGGGGACUCCUGUCUUCUCAACAGUAUCUCCAUAGUAAAUAUAGCUACAUUACUUAUAGUUGCUUGGAUCUCCCGAAGGGAAUCAGUUCUAUGCUGAGCAUUUAAUGGCAGGACUUUAUUUUUUUGCAGGCAAGUGGUAGGUGCUGAAUAUUACAGCUAAAAGCCUUACUUCAUCACCUCAGUUUACCCAUAUGUAGACACACUGUAUAUAGUACCCUAGGAAAAUAGAGUAGAUUGAAAAGGCAAUUGAGAACUGCUGCAAUAGUGUCCUUAUCUGCCUUCCUAUAGCUGACAUCUACCACUUCAAUAAAAACCAACCAAUCCUCUGUCCUCAAAUGUGGUCACUGCUGUUGCCAUCCCAAAGGAACAGAUCUCCAAGUCCACUUUUUAAGAGUUGUUGUUGUUAAUCUUAGUUUUCUUUCAGUCAUGGACCAAAAUAGAAACUCCUGCUAUAUAAAAAAGUGCCAAGAGAGAGACAGGAUCCCUAUUUUUCCCCUCAAGAGACUAGACUUGCAUGUUGGUUUAGACUCCGUUUGGUUAUAAAACGCAUUCUUGUAAAUUGUGGGUGUUGUAUGAGUUGUAGAAGUGAAAAAGGCCUAGAUAUUUGCUCCUAUAGACAACUGACUUCCAGUAGUGAAAAUGAGGUUGGCCGUGGUCAAAGAGAGAAGUAAUUCAUCAACUUGAAAAACCAACCAAGGGACCAAGAGAUCACAGACCGACAGGUGGGAGGCUGACUUUCCCCUCAGCUUUCUGUGGUAGGGCGAGGGAUUUGGGAAAGGUCAGAGGCAGACGAGGACCUCCAGCAGCAGGAAGGCAGAAGGAACCGCAGCAUCUGGAGAUGCCUAUUUUGACAACUUUGUCCCUCUUUUUGCCUUGUGAUUUUCAGGAGCAUUGCAGUUUGAUGGUUGAUAAUAAACAGAACAUUAUCUUAAUUUAUGUAAACAUACAGUGCCUGUGCUGUAGAUCUCACCAAGCCUUUUUGGAAACUUCGUGCUAGGACUGCUUUGGGCCUUGGAUCGCUUUUCUGGUCGCCGCAUGUACUAUUGUCAAUGUUCACCCUGGCUGCAGGGGGAAGAUUUUGCCAUGUAAUCAAGCUUGUGAAGCUAGUAGACAGCAGUGUGCAUAUGUCAUCUUUUUAAGACAUAAACUUGCCUUAUUUUCUAGUGUUUAAAAAAUGAAUUAAAGAACCAUUGUUGAUAGUCUAUAUUUGUAUUCAGAGCAAUCCCAAAUGACUUUUUUCAAAAAAACAACAAAUCUUAGAAGAGCUUUUGUGAAGUUCCAGCUAAAUGACUUUUAAAAUAUCGUUUCUUAACUCCAUAGUGAUCCUACUCCCAAUAUUUGCUGCCAAGGCCCAGAUCAAAAAAUAUCACACACAAUAUACAUCGUGAAAAUAUAUCACCAUUGAGCCUAGAAUCUAAUGACAUCGAAGUCUUCUUGUAUUUAGUUAUACUACUGCUAAACACCACAGAACAGGCCCAGUUAUGCAGACUUUCUGCAGAAUACUCAGAAAAUAGCCCAAAGUCCUUCUUCUGUUUGCUAGUCACAGCACAGAAAUCUAGCUGAACUUUUUCUGAUUCAUUCUUGGUACUCAAGCUCAACUGAAAUUAUCACUAAAAAUAACCAAUUCUUGUCUACACAUACUACUUUGCAUGCUUUGAUGUUGAAUGUGUGCUCGUGGCCAUGCCAAAGUCUGGUGAGUACUUGUAUGUCUUGUAAUGGCCAUACAGUUGAGAACCACUGAAGUUGGACGUUAUUUCCCCACCGUAUUUAAUGAAUAUGUAUCUCAUGCCUCCUUCUGUGGGCCACAGUAGAACCACCAACUACCUCUGCAAUUGAGGGGUCCUUUGCAAACUGACUUUGAUGCUGGGAAACCCCCAGGCUGUGCUGAGUGGCUGUCCAAUCACAGGAUCUCAUUGUUAGUAGAUACCAUGUGGUCAGAUGCUUCAUUUUGACUAAGAAUAAAAACUGUGUCCAGUCAGCACCACAAAUAGCGUGGGGGGGGGGAACCAAUGUUCAUGUGAUAAUACACACCUAUUCAAUAAAGUCAACUAUGAUACACA